CAAUAUUAUUGCGGGAAACUUUUGGCGUUGACGAUAGUGUCAAGACGAGAACAACAUUGAGUGUUUAAUAUAACUUUUCUUUCCGGAAAUGAAACCUAUGAGAUAUGCUCACAGCGAUGGGCACACAGUCCUGUGUUUUGAAGAUUCUGGAAGAUACAUGCUGACUGGUGGUACAGAUGGAGAUGUCAGAGUGUGGCAGGGUAUCGAGGAUGAUGAUGCUGUCUCUCACAGAGUUGGAGAGAAAGUUUAUGCUGUUGCCUUUAAGAAUAAUCGUUUCUACACUGCAUCUGAGUCCAACUCCAUACAGACUCAUACCUUCCCUGAUGGUUCCCCUGAUGGCAUCGUGACCCGCUUCACCGGUGCCGUGUCACACAUGUGCUUCAACAAGUCUGGCAGCGUAAUGGUGGCUGCAUCAAGUGACUUCACUGUGAAGCAUGUUGAGGUUGAGAGCAGUAACCAGAAGGUGUUCCAUGGUCACCAGGCUCCAGUGCUCAGCGUGGCUCUCCACCCCCAAGAGGAACUAUUGGCUUCCUCCAGCUGUGAUGGCAGUGUCAAAGUGUGGACGGUGGCCGACCAAUCCUGUGUCAAGUCUUUGGAGGAAAGCAUACCAAAGUGUUCAGACAUAAGUCUCUCCAAGACGCUGUGUCGCUUGACGUGGUCGCCAGACGGCAAGAACCUGCUGGUGCCAAGAGAAAAGGAAAUAGCUGUCUAUGAACACAACUCAUGGCAGAAAAGUGUCAUCACUCACGAGUCCUUCACUGGGGCGGUGUCCAUCCUAACCUUCUCUCCUGAUAAGAAGCUGCUUGCUGCAACAUGCUGUGAUGGCACUAUUGUUGUCUUUGACUGGAACACACGCAAGUGUGUAGACAAACAGCGACAUGACAAGGGUCUAAACAUCAGUGCUUUAGCAUGGAACCCAAGCAAUUCUUCCCAGCUCGCGCUCUGUGACACUGAGGGACAGCUUGGGGUGCUUGACCUGACAACAACCCGAGAUGAGCCUGCUGGGAAUGACCAGAUGAAUGCGGAGCAGUUUGCUGGAGUUUUUGAUGACGAUGAUGAUCUGCUCCUGGAAGCCAGCAAUGCAGGCCCUGGGGACGAUGAUGAUGACAGAGAAGCAACAGAUGCUGCACAAGGAGAUGUACCUAGCACAAAGAAGAGCAAGCCACUGCUAGAUGAUGAUGAUGAUGAUGACGAUGAUGGAGAUUUUCUGAAAGACAUCAAGCUCUUACCCAAGGAGGAUGAUGCAAGCAGCAUUGCGGACAGCUUACCUCCACCUGCCUCCAUAAUACCGGCCAAUACCUUCAAGCCAACCCCCUUGCAGAGGCCUUUCCAGCCUGGAUCCACACCAUCACACCUGUCAAACAGAUACAUGGUAUGGAAUGACGUGGGCAUCGUGAAGCAGUAUGUAAGUGAUGAGGAGAACUCUAUUGAUGUGGAGUUCCACAGUACGGCCACACACCAUGCCAUGCACCUGACCAACAGCCUGGACUGUCACCUGGCCAGCCUCAGCUCCACAGCUCUCGUGCUGGCCUGCCCUGCAGAAGAUGACACCCCCAGUAAGGUGAUGUGCAUGCAUUUUGGGUCAUGGGACAGCAGCAAGGAGUGGACGAUAUGUUUGCCUGAGGGUGAAGAAGCCCAGGCUGUGACGGCUGGCGCUGGCUGGAUUGCUGUGGCUACUGAUGCCCGUAAUCUGAGGAUAUUCAGCGGAGCUGGCGUCCAGCAGGAUGUCUUCUCCAUCCCAGGCCCCGUUGUGUGUCUUGCAGCCCAUGACAAUAAACUGAUGAUAACAUACCACGCUGGCAUGGGAAUCCCUGGAGACCAGUUUCUAGGAGUUAUUCUCACAACAGUCGGGCGUCAGAAGAAAACUUUGCUGAAUGGAGGCCCACUCUCCAUAUCCCCCAAAUCGACACUGCAGUGGCUAGGAUUCUCCUCUGAGGGAACACCCUUCUCCAUGGACUCGGCUGGCAUCGUGCGGAGACUGAGCUCUACAGGGGUUCUCACGUGGGUCCAGGUGGCGGACACAAGCGAACAUGCCAAGGGCAAGUCAGACCACUACUGGAUUGUGGGAGUCGGGGAACACCCACAGCAACUCAGGUGUAUCCCCUGCAAGGGAGCCCGAUAUCCCCCCACACUGCCACGCCCAGCUGUGUCGGUCAUCCCGUUCAAGCUGCCCAUGUGUGAGAUGAACACAGAGAAAAGCCAAUAUGAGGAAACUUUCCUAAGGACUUGCCUGUUUGCUGCUUCACUGAGGGUGCCAGGGGCAGACAACUCUGACCUGCAGGAGGCUCUGCGCCCAGCACAGGAAGCUCUCAUCAAGCUGUUUGCACUGUCUGCCAGGUCGGACCGGGAAGCGCGGGCGCUGGAAGUGUGUGAGAUGAUGCAGGAGGAGCACACCAUGCAGCUGGCCAUCAAGUACGCCAGUCGACUCAAACAUAUGCAGCUUGCCCAACGCAUCAGUGAACUGGCACAGAGAAGGGCAGAAGAAGAGGAAGAGGAGGAGAUAGUAGAAGAAAGUGAGGACAUUGCCUGCUCUCGAAGGAACGGAACUUUGGCGCAGCACGAGGAGAACAUGGAGGAUGAAGAGGAAGAGAAGGCUGAUAUGGUGGAGGAAGAUGACACAGAAGAAGGUCACAGUACUGGACCCAAACUGAACCUGCAGCCUAGAGAAGUUCCGGGCAAACCAACCAGCAAGUCCAUACUAGCUCGUUCUAACCCAUUCAAGGUCUCUAGUCAGCGUUCUUCUGCUCAUCCAAUCAAGGGGAGUCAAGUGUUUGACAAACUCUCCACGAAGACUGACAAGUCGGACAAACUGAUCGUGCCUCUUCCUGUCAGCAUCCGAACCAGCAAGUCAGGCGUCAACAAGAAGACAAAGACGAUAUCCAACAUGUUCAGCAAGAACAGAAGUGGUGACAGCAAGGUGUCCAGCCACUCUGCGGAACCCGUCAAGGAAGACUCCGAAACCCAGAACAGCAAGCCGUCUGUGAGUGGCUUCCAGUUGUGGCUUGAAGAGAACCGAGAGGAACUGGAGGAAGAGAGACCAGACCUUUCCCAGGAGGACUUGAGUCAGGUUGCAGCUGAGAGGUUCCGUGCCCUUCCUAAGGAAGAGAGACAGACCUGGUCCCAGAAAGCGAAGUCUCAGUCAGCAGCAGCAACGAGUCCUGAUGGCCGCAAGCGGAAGCGUGUGGAGGACGACACCAGUGAGAAGCCAAACAAGAAGUCGACAAUGAAACCCCUUUCACAAUCGACUAACACAAAACUAAGUGGUUUUACGUUUUCAAAAGACUGAGAGCCAAGCUUUCUGUUGGCAAUUGUUGAACCCUGCCCUGUGGAGCUGACUUUCCUUCAGACGAAGCUGUGGACAAAGCUACCAGAGAAGCAGAGUCCCGGCGUGGGAUUCCUGACAGUCGAGAACACCUUGUAUGAAGUGUAUAUAAUGUAUAAAUUGUAACACACAA